AGUCUUUGGAUUUCCUUUCAUGGCUAACAUGAAGUUCCUCUAUUGCUUACCUGCUUUCCUAGUUGGGAUUUUAUUGCUUUUACAAUUCGGAAGCUGUGGUCCAACCGCUCGUCCUUGCUGUGAAGAGGAUGAUCAUCGAAAUUCGAAAAUUAUGGGAUUACUUGGUGUGCUCGCAGGAGACUAUUUAACUGGAAAAAUCAAUUUGCAAACUGCCCAGUACAACUUCUUUGGAUCCAAGUUCCCGAAAAUCAGUAUAGGAUUAGGACAAAAAAUAUAUAAUACUGCAAAUGAUGAAAGCGAUAAGAAAGGCAAAGACGAUUUAAUAAAGCCAAGUGAAACGCAUAUCAUAGCUGAAAAUAAUUUAACAAUUACAUACGGACGGGAGCAACCAAAUUCGAAGCAACCCGAGCACACUGACUCCAUGACUAAACCUAACGACUCUAUCACCGAUCAACAAAUUUUGGAAAGGAGACGACCGAAAAGACAAACCACCGAUGCAGACGACAUUGACUCAGAAAAUACAGUUACGGAGGACCCCGUGGCAACUGAGACCGAUAUAGCAACAGAAACUCCAUCGACAAGCACAACGAGUUUACCGCCAACAGACAGUUAUGGUCCUCCACCGUCUGGAGUACCUUCAUCUGGAUACUACCCAGCGUCCUCAUCAGCACAUACCAUUCACCCCUGGAACAUAGCAUAUCCACCGAGUCACACAACUCCACACCCUUCUUAUGGGCUACCGUCAAUUUCUACCAGCACAAGUUAUCUUCCCCAAAACCUUGAUUCUUUCGCUAGUUCGCAAUCAGAUCGCUCAUUUGGCUACCCACACAUUUAUCCCAGUUCAUUUUAUUAUCCUUCGCAUCCAUACUACCCAUCCAAUCCAUUCUUUCCCCACUAUCCAUACCAUUCGUACUUUAGGCCCAGCUAUCCUGAUCAUACUCGUAAUCUUUGGGAUUGGGGUACCAAGUAUUUCACUCCCAUUUAUGUCGGAAAGUGGAAGGAUAACCAACUAUGGAACAAGGGUAGUUUAUCGACGAAUUUCUUUAAAUAAAUCUUUUUUUAAUUAUUCUUGCAUCCAGAUGGAUAACGUCCCUUUUACUUUUUCUUGUUAAGACUUUUGUACAAUAGAGGGUCGAUAUUGUUUCCACACUUUUGUUAAAACUAUUGCUUUUCACAUAAUAUUAAAAUACAUACAUAAAAACCA